GGCUGCCGGGAAAUUGUAGUUCUUGGGGGUGCCGGAAGUCUGCAGCGCCUGCGCGGAGGAGCUCGGCCGGCGACCCCGUGCGUGGCAGGAAGCGGAAGGGGGCCGGUAGGGCUCGAGCACUGACGUGUCUCUCGGAGUGAGCAGGCGUCUCCGCCCGGCCUCGGCUCCCUCUUUGGACACCAAAAGCGGCCGCGAUGGGGAGAAGGCUCUGUAUGAUGCCAGGAGGUCAGGCUAGAUGACUUAACAGGUACUCUUGACUUCACUUGCCUGUGGAUCAUGUAAAGUUAAAUUUCUUGAAGUAAUCAAGCCCUUCUGUGUUAUCUUGCCUGAAAUUCAAAAGCCAGAAAGGAAGAUUCAAUUUAAAGAAAAAGUGCUAUGGACAGCUAUCACACUUUUCAUCUUCUUAGUGUGCUGCCAGAUUCCCCUGUUUGGUAUCAUGUCAUCAGACUCAGCAGAUCCUUUCUACUGGAUGAGAGUGAUUCUGGCUUCAAAUAGAGGAACAUUGAUGGAGCUGGGUAUUUCACCCAUUGUCACUUCUGGGCUCAUCAUGCAGCUCUUGGCUGGUGCCAAGAUAAUUGAGGUUGGGGACACUCCAAAAGACAGAGCUCUCUUCAAUGGGGCGCAGAAAUUGUUUGGCAUGAUUAUUACAAUUGGUCAGUCUAUCGUCUAUGUAAUGACGGGAAUGUACGGAGACCCAUCUGAGAUGGGUGCUGGUAUCUGUUUGCUUAUCACAAUUCAGCUUUUUGUAGCUGGACUGAUAGUUCUACUAUUGGAUGAGCUUCUACAGAAAGGGUAUGGUCUUGGUUCUGGCAUCUCCCUCUUCAUUGCUACCAACAUCUGUGAGACUAUUGUAUGGAAGGCAUUCAGCCCCACCACUGUGAACACAGGCCGAGGAAUGGAGUUUGAAGGAGCCAUUAUUGCUCUGUUCCAUCUGCUGGCUACUCGUACAGACAAAGUCAGAGCUCUCCGAGAGGCCUUCUACCGCCAGAACCUUCCUAACCUCAUGAACCUGAUUGCCACCAUUUUUGUCUUUGCUGUUGUCAUAUACUUCCAGGGCUUCAGAGUGGACCUCCCCAUCAAAUCUGCCCGCUACCGUGGCCAGUACAACACUUACCCGAUCAAGCUGUUCUAUACUUCCAAUAUACCCAUCAUUCUUCAGUCUGCCUUGGUAUCUAAUCUGUAUGUGAUCUCCCAGAUGUUGUCUGCUCGCUUCAGUGGCAACUUGUUGGUUAGCCUGCUGGGCACCUGGUCUGAUACUUCAUCUGGAGGCCCUGCUCGCUCUUAUCCAGUUGGUGGACUUUGCUAUUAUCUGUCACCCCCUGAGUCCUUUGGUUCGGUGUUAGAAGACCCUGUCCAUGCAGUAGUUUAUAUUGUGUUUAUGUUGGGCUCCUGUGCUUUCUUCUCCAAGACAUGGAUUGAAGUUUCUGGCUCCUCUGCCAAAGAUGUUGCCAAACAACUAAAAGAGCAACAGAUGGUAAUGAGGGGCCACAGAGAAACCUCCAUGGUCCACGAACUAAACAGGUACAUUCCCACAGCUGCUGCAUUUGGUGGUCUCUGCAUUGGUGCUCUCUCUGUCCUGGCAGACUUCCUUGGGGCAAUUGGGUCUGGAACUGGAAUCUUGCUAGCUGUUACUAUCAUUUACCAGUACUUUGAAAUUUUUGUAAAGGAACAGAGUGAAGUUGGGAGCAUGGGAGCUCUUCUUUUCUAAACCCAGCUUCUCAUGGACCUAGGAAAGGGGAAGGCGUAUUCUUGAAUCAUCCAGUCAGGUGAAAAGAAAUAAAACAAACUCGGGCACAUCAUGCUAUAGGAACAUGUAUUUUAAUAAUGUUUCCAAAGUGCAUUUCCUUGUGUUCACUUUUUAGCAUAUUGUUUGUGUUUUAUAAAUGUUGGAAAAUGUGCAACAACACUUUUAAAGAAAAUGGAUUAUUUUUAAUAAUUAGGAAAACCAACUUCCUGAAUUGGAUUUAGUUUGACAGUUCUUUAAUUUUUCAUCCCCUUGCAGGAAUGAUAGAUCUGAAGCCUUUAUAGGUGUCAA